GCCCCGGAAAGGUUCGGCCCGGCUCGGCCUCGAUGGAGGAGCUGCCGCCUGAAGUAGUGGUCCACAUUCUGAGCUUUUUAAACACGGCGGAUAAACACGCGGUGCGCUGCUGCUGCCGCUCCCUGCAGCUCCUCUCGGAUCACCCGGCUCUGUGGCGCGGAGCCACGGUCUUCCUCACCGACCUGCGCCGCUACACUUACGGCUUCUGGGACACGCUGAGCCGCCGCAGGAUCACCAGAGUCGCGGUCCGUCACCUUCGCCGUAAAGAGUGGCGUCGCCUGAUCACGUUCCUGCCCUCUUUAACCGCCAUCGUGUUUGUGGACGGAGGGCGGCUCUACAGAGAGAAGUACCUGGUGAACCUGUCGCGAUUCCCAGAGCUCCGAGAUCUGGGAGUUCGGAACGCCACGUGGGAAGAACGCAUGCUGAGCUGGAACCUGGCCGACCAGCUACGAGAGCGCCUGACCCACCUGAGUGUGUGUAACGUUCGCCUGCCUUGGCCCGUGGAGUUCGUCUCUGCCGCGUCUCGUCUCAUAAACCUCCGUUCGUUGCUGUUCCACCAACAUGCCGAGGGGCUAGGGGGCGCUACCAUCCGGCCAGUGCCCUGCUCGGCCUUCCACACGCUGCUACAAAAGCUGACACAUCUGAAGCACCUGUCCUGGGGUAUGAAGGGAGAGCCACCGGAGCCUCUGGAGGAAGACUACUUCAGCCCUCCAGACCCACAGCUCUCAGAUGAGGAGGAGUGGCGUUACGGUGGCCCCUCCCUCACCUCUCUGGAGCUGGUGGAUUACCCAGAGGCCAUCCUCCCUGAAAGCGCUCUGGAGAAUCUGUCCUCUCUGCGCUCUCUCACCGUCAGAUACAAGUCCAUCCACCAGGGACUCGAGUGUAGACUCAAGCACUGGCUCUCCCCCCUCACACAGCUGCAGGAUCUCACCAUUGCUGGAGGCCACGCGAUCUCAAACUACGCGUGCUCAAUUCCCCCCACAGUGACCCGGCUGACCCUGCGUUUGACCCUGACACUGAAAGACAUGGAGAUCAUCGCACCCAGAGUCCCGGGCCUUAUGCACCUCGACAUAGAGCAGAACCGCUCCAGUGGCUCCAUCUGCAGGCGGAUCCCAGCACUGUUCCCACACCUAAGGACGCUGCGCAUACGGUUUUUACGCCGUGAGCCGGAGAAGGACCUACUAAACCUGCACCGACUGCAGCACCUGGAGAGACUGGAAGUGUUUGUGGACCGCUGCUGCCUCAACGGGAAGUACUGGCCCACUCCCUUUGUCAAGACACUAAUCGAACAACUGCAAGAACUCACCCAGAACCGAGUCCAAGUCUGCACCCAGAGGCCCCCAAGAGACAUGCUACGGGACUGUGACUGUGUUCACGAGGACUACUGAGGGUGCGGGGCCUAAGACACACCUGAACACAGGAUGGCCUAAAGUGCACCUGUACUGAGAGGCAAGAGUUUAAGACUCACCUGUACAGAGGGAGAGGAGCUUAAAACUCACCUGCACUGAUGGGGAGGAGCUAAUAUGCACUUGUACUGAGGAGGAGGGACCUAAGGCUCACCUGUACUGAGGAGGAGGGGGCCUAAGGUUUACCUGUACUUAGGAGGAGGGGCCCAUGGCUCACCUGUACUGAGGGGGAGGAGCUAAGAUGCAGUUGUCACACCGGAAUGAGGAGGGGAGUAAGGCUUACCUGUACUUAGGAGCAUGAGCCUAUGGCUCACCUGUACUGAGGAGGAGGGGCCUAUGGCUCACCUGUACUUAGGAGGAGGGGCCUAUGGGCUCACCUGUACUGAGGAGGGGCCUAUUGGCUCUCCUGUACUUCGGAGGAGGGGCCUAUGGCUCACCUGUACUGAGGAGGAGGGGCGUAAGGCUCACCUGUACAGAAGGGGAGGGGUCUAAGGUGCUCUUGUACAAAGUGCUUUUGCUGAACUGGAAAAGACUUUAUUUUUUGUAGUUUUUUGGUUGGCUAAAGUAAGUCAUAUGUUUUCCGCACUUCGCAGCUCUCAAAAUGAUAAGAAUCUCUUUGUAAUAAUUAUGUUUUGGGCCUGAAUGAUUUUGCAAAUAACCUAGUUGCAUUUUUGACAUUUCUUGCAUUUAUUCAGCAAUUACCUUUGCAAUAAUUCAGCUCAACAGUGACCUCUCACAGCUUGGUUCAUCAUGUAAAUUUCCUAUUCAUUUUUCCCAAAGACUUUCUAAAAAAAAAAAAUGAUAUUAAAAGUUUGAAAGCUCAGGGCUAAUCGGCUAUGUAGUAACUUAUCAGCAAAGCCAUUUCCACUGUAAUGUGAAAAAAAUCACAUAAUCUUGACAGAUCCGUUAGUGGACAGGUAGCUGCAGGUGGAUGUCAUUGACGAAAUGUUAAACAUUUGUGGUAAAGAUGACUCCCAUUAUUUUUAGGUGAAGAUUAUUUCAGUCUGUUGUGUUAUUUAAAUAUUUAUUAGGGUCCAAAAUUGGCAUUAGCAUUAGCCCUGACACACAAAGAUGUCCCUUUGUAAACACAGAAGAGUCCUUCAGUCAGGGAUUACAGCAGAAAUGGUCGGGCCGACUGUCCCUCUGAUUGGAGUGAUUUUUCUACCAUUGUUCACAGAGCCAAUCAAGGACAGAGCAGUGGGCGGAGCUAGGGGGAAGGUGGAUUAUCUGAGCACUCAAGCCUCAAAUGCUGGAUGAUACAGGUUUACUCAAACAUGCAUGAAUUAAUCGAAGGGCAUCUGACACAAAGGGAUUCUUUUAGAUACAUUUUUCAUUUGAGUUAAACUUUUUUUCAUAGAAUUCCCCUCAAAAUUCUAAAAUUUCAAAAUGUAAUUCACUAUAGUGUAAUUGUAAUUCAGAUUUCGAAAGUAAAUCUGAAACGCAUAUUUCGGCUUAUUUUCUGCUGCUUUUUUCAUUUUAAAUGUAUGGAUACAAUGGUAUUUAGGUAUUUACUUUCACAAUGAAAAGUCUGGCGCUCGUGCAGCGUUGAAAAUGGCCAAAUGUAUUUAUUUUGUACAAAUGUUUAGUUGAGUCAUUUUGAUUAUGAAUUGUCUCUUUCUGACAGAAAAAUUAAAUUCUAAAAUUGCAAAUUCAAUUGAAUAUGGUCAGACUGACUAUCCACACA